AUGUCUUAUCGAGUAUUAACAUAUAUAAAUGUCACGGACCUCACUCCUCCCUCCGUGUGUCCGUGUGUCCGUGUGUCCGGUCUCUGCUGCCUCCUCACCUCGUCUGUAUCAGCGUCAGGUUCCCUUCAUCACGCGAGCCUCAUCAAUCCACGUUAUAUAUCCGCUGAAUGCUCGAUGGUGAACAACCAUCAGUCCUCGCUCCCCCCCUCUCCCCCCGGGAGGUCGGUGUGUCGGUACUCCGAGCCCUGCGUCACCCUCGUCACACCUCCGCAGGCCCUCAGCGAACACUGA